AUGUCCGCCGCAAAGCAAAAGGCUCAGCAAAUCAUCGCCCAGAACAGUGUCGUGGUCUUCUCUAAGUCCUACUGUCCUUACUGUCGCGCCAGCAAGGCAUUGUUGAACGAGAAACAUGCCAAGUUCUUCUUGAUGGAGUUGGAUGAAGUCGAGGAUGGAGCCGCCCUCCAAGACGCCCUCGAAGAAAUCACCGGCCAACGCAGCGUUCCCAACAUCUUCAUCGCCCAGCAACACAUCGGUGGAAACUCGGAUCUCCAGGCCAAGAAGGGCGAGCUGGACGGCCUCCUGCAGAGUGCAGGUGCCAUCUAG